CUGCUCGAUCGCGGCACGCACGGAUUUCCAGGGAAAAGCGCCAGAUCUUCAGUACCACAAAACCUGAACCCUUACCUUCCCGUCAUGUCGAACGUUGUCUCUCUCACCAUCAAUCCAGUCCAUGAGUACUCAAUCCCCCACUUUUUUGGCGAAGAGCACUUCCCCCGCCUGAAAAAGCUCAGCCUUCACGACACCUUUGGCAAAUCUGCCUUGUUCACGCAUCUCAAUCUGUGGAAGUUUCACCGAGGAGUUAAUUUCAUGUCUCUGACCCUGGAUCGGACUUUGAUCAAGCCCGAUUUCGCCGAGAGGAUCGCCUUCCACUUAUUUCCCCAUGUUAAGAAAUUCGACUUAUCAAUACUUCUCAUUUCGAACGGGAUCGAGUUUGCCCGUUUGGCUAACCGAGCGAUUGCACCGUUCCAUUUAUGGAAGUUAGAGGAGGGCAACUUGGUCAUAAAUUUUAUCCGGAAAUCGGCCUCGUUAGUUGCAGUCUUAAAAAAUGUGUCCAGUUGGAAGGGCGUUAAGACUAUCGUUUUUGAGGCAACUCAUGUAACACAGGAAGAUUUUUCUGGCCACGUUCAAGACAUUAUUUUGUAUAGUGGAGGCUUUAAAAGUGUUAAAAUCUCGGGAAGCGUGAAAGGGAAACUUCUUAAACGAUUUCAAUCCGAGUUUGAAGCCAAUGGUGGCCCGAUUAAGUUGACGGGAGGUGUACAUCGUAAACCUUAUAUGUAGUUCAAAAAACGGCGUUGAUUAAAACACAAUUAAUUUCAUUAUUAAAACAUUGUUGUCUAUCAUUUCAAUACAUAUUUAGAGCUCAUUGCUUUUGCUUACACAUGUAAGUUGUAAGUAAAUAUCUAAGUAGUUAAACAAAUACAUAUGUGGAAUGUACAUAAAUAUGACAAAAUUUAAUAAAUACGUAUCUACAAGA